AUGGAGGGAGAGGAUAUUAGGUCUGGGACCAGGAAGAAGCGAUCCAAGAAGGAAAUUGGUUUUGACUCUGACGACGACGAGCCCAUUGGGUCAAUCUUUAAGCUAAAGAGGUCCAGGAAGAAGGGUAGUGGUAGUGGUGAUGCUGUUAGGGAGAAGGAGGAUUUGGGGGGUAUGGAUGAUAAUGAUACCUUGGCUAGCUUUAGGAAGAGAUUGAAGGGUCCUAAGAGAGAUCAGGGAUCUGGGGUUGCAAGAGGAGCUAGUCUUGCUUUGCAUGUGCCUGAUGAAGAUUUGGUUGGUUUGGGAGCUAAGGGUAGGGAUGAGAAAGGGGUGGCCUUGGUGCCUGGUGGUGAGGACAUGCAGAUGCACGAUUCUUCUGAUCAACACAUGGAGGAUUCGUUGUCUGCAAUUUUUCACAAGGCACAGUCUAGUUCUGCUAGGAAAUCUCGUGGGGGUUCGCGGCACAAAAGGGGGAUUCAGAAGGUGGAUAGUGGGUUGAGCCAUGCAGGUUUUGUGGAAGCUGUGGAUUCUGUGGUUGAAAGUAGAUCUGGAUCUGCUUCUGGCUCGAAAUUGGUUGUGGGGAAUGUCAUGACUGAUGAUGCUUUGCCUCAAGCGUCUGAACCGGUUAUAACAUCUGUGGUGGAGGAUCAAAAGUGUGUUGAUGACUGUUUUCAAGAGGAAACUACAAAGGGUGAAUGUGAUUUGGACAUUCCAGAUGGACGGACUACGUCAAAUGAUGUCUAUCAUGGAGAUAGGCAUCAUGCUUCUUGUGUUGCACAAGAUGAAGAAAUUUGUUGUGAUUCUGACCAGAAGAUUGCAUUGCAGGAAUGUGUUAUCGGUGGUGGUUUAAAUAAGUUAUCUUCCGUGUUACAUGAUGAAAUAGUUGAUACUGCCUCUCUCUCCAAAGUGGGGGAAGGGGAAAGGCGAUAUACUGAGGUUGGAGAGUUUGCGAAUAGAUUGACUGAUAAACUUGCACAAGCGUGCACCAGUGCUUCAGAACAUGAUGUUUCUACUUCUGCAGGGAAAGAAAAUGUAUUAACAUCUUGCCACACUGAAAAUAUAUUGAAAGAGAGUAAUAAUAUGGUUUGUGGAAAAGUUUUUCAGGAAUCUUCGUGUAAUGGAGCUCUAAAGUUAUCUGGAUGCCAUAUGGAAGUAGAUGGAGGUGGAAAAUCAGAAACUGAGUUUGUUUCUGAUAGAAAUUUCUGUGAUAAUAGUAAUUUAAAUACAAAGGCUGAAGUGCAAGGUUGUGUUCUAGAUUUUUUGCCUAAAAGAAAUGAUGUAACUGUUAGUGGUUCUUCUUUGGUGUCCAAUGAAGCUGAAUUGGCUGGCCACUCAAAUCACCCAGAGAAAACUGUAGAAGCUUGCAAUAUUCCAAAAGACUCCACUGCUUCAAUUCUGAAAUGUAGUUCAGGUUUUGAUCCAAUUCAAUCAGAUGGAUCCUCUCUUCAAUCUUCAAUUCCAGAUGAAAAUGGGAACUCUGCAGAAUACCAUCCCUCUGUGUCUGAUUUUGUUGAUAACGAUGGUAAGAUAUCAAGCAUUCCACGGGUGCGAAGGGCCAAAAUGCGUAAGCAUGGAGACAUGACAUAUGAGGGGGAUGCUGAUUGGGAGAUUUUAAUUAGUGAUCAAGCUUUAAAUGAAAAUCAAGUUAUGACAGAUAGUGACCGCACUCUUAGAACAAGAAUGAAGCAUGAUUCCUCUUUGAAUACUGGGGAAGAUUCUGAAAAUGUUGCAGUAGUAGCAGUAUCAGCUGGGCUGAAAGCCCGUAAAGCUGGUCCAAUAGAGAAAAUAAAGUUUAAAGAGAUCUUCAAGCGUAAAGGUGGUCUCAAGGAAUAUUUGGAUUGCAGAAAUCAGAUUUUAAGCCUUUGGAGCAGAGAUGUCACACGUAUUUUGCCUCUUGCUGAAUGUGGAGUUAGUGAUACCGACUCUGAGGAUGGAAGUCCUCGUUCUUCUCUUAUUAGGGAGGUCUAUGCAUUUCUUGAUCAAUAUGGUUAUAUAAAUGUUGGAAUUGCCUCCCAGAAGGAGAAUGUUGGGAGUAGUGCAAGGCAUUGUUAUAAACUGGUAAAAGAAAAAGGUUUUGAGGAAAGUCUUGCAGCUUCAGUGGCUGACUCUGAAGAUGGAGUUUCCUUUCUUGUUGGCCAGACUAAAAUGUCAGAUACUUCCAAUGAGAUUAACAAUGGUCUAACUAAGGAUUGCAAUGACCUAACAACUGAAGCUACAGAAGGCAUGAGGCACACUAAUGAAGUGAUGGUGGAUUUGUCAAACAUAAUACAACAGGCAGAAGGAAAAAAAAUUGAUUACCAGGAAAUUGAUGGGUUUCAGGAUGGAACUAUACAUGUGGCUAAUGACAGUUCUGUUCCUUCUUCCAACUUUGCUGAUUGCAGAUUGACUUCUCUGGUAGCUAAAGAGAAAAGCAAUGACUCUACCUGCAUUAGAUCUGUCUCGCGUGGUCAGGUAGGUGACAAUCUGCAGUCUGAUUUAUAUCCUAGAAAGACAGUAAUUGUCAUUGGAGCUGGGCCUGCUGGGUUAACUGCUGCUCGCCACUUGCAACGUCAGGGAUUUCCUGUAACUGUGCUUGAGGCUAGGAGUAGAAUAGGAGGUCGUGUGUUUACUGACCACUCCUCACUUUCUGUCCCUGUUGAUCUCGGUGCAAGCAUUAUAACCGGUGUUGAGGCUGAUGUGGCCACUGAGAGAAGACCAGAUCCUUCCUCAUUGAUAUGUGCUCAGUUGGGCCUUGAGUUGACAGUGUUGAACAGUGAUUGCCCUCUUUAUGACAUAGUGACAGAACAAAAAGUUCCUGCAGAUAUGGAUGAAGCACUUGAAGCUGAAUAUAAUAGUCUUAUAGAUGACAUGGUAUUGGUCCUUGCACAGAAAGGUGAACAGGCAAUGAGAAUGUCUCUUGAAGAUGGUUUAGAAUAUGCCCUCAAGAUUCGUCGGAUGGCACGCUCUGAAAGCAGUGAAGAAACUGAACAAAAUAAUUCUGCAGAUAGACAAUGUGAUUCCAAAAAGGAUAGUACCGUGGAUAAAAAACUUGAUGAGGAGAUAUUGAGUCCUCAGGAGAGGAGGGUUAUGGAUUGGCACUUUGCUCAUUUGGAGUAUGGUUGUGCUGCUUCACUUAAGGAUGUUUCUCUUCCCUACUGGAAUCAAGAUGACGUGUAUGGAGGUUUUGGGGGAGCUCAUUGUAUGAUUAAAGGGGGCUACAGUUCUGUUGUUGAGUCUCUGGGAGAAGGACUUACAAUUCACUUGAACCAUGUCGUAACAAAUGUGUCAUAUGGUAUCAAGGAACCUGGUCAGAGUUAUAAAGUCAAAGUUUCUACAUCAAAUGGCAAUGAGUUCUUUGGUGAUGCUGUCCUUGUUACUGUUCCACUUGGCUGUUUGAAGGCUGAAACUAUACAAUUCUCCCCACCUUUGCCACAGUGGAAAUGUUCUUCUGUUCAGCGUCUUGGUUAUGGAGUUCUAAAUAAAGUGGCCUUGGAAUUUCCUACUGUAUUUUGGGAUGAUGCGGUGGACUACUUUGGAGCAACAGCCGAGGAGAGAAACAGUAGAGGUCACUGCUUUAUGUUCUGGAAUGUCAGGAAAACAGUUGGAGCUCCUGUCCUUAUUGCAUUAGUGGUUGGUAAGGCAGCCAUAGAUGGUCAAAGCUUGAGCUCUUCUGAUCAUGUUAAACAUGCAUUGAAGGUUCUCCGUAAACUUUUUGGGCAGGAUUCAGUUCCCGAUCCUGUUGCCUAUGUUGUGACUGAUUGGGGUAAUGAUCCUUUUAGCUAUGGUGCUUAUUCUUACGUUGCUGUAGGAGCCUCAGGAGAAGACUAUGAUAUAUUAGGGAGACCAGUUGAAAAUUGCUUGUUUUUUGCUGGUGAAGCAACCUGCAAAGAGCACCCAGAUACUGUUGGUGGUGCAAUGAUGAGUGGAUUACGGGAGUCCGUUCGCAUAAUUGACAUAUUGAGCACUGGAAAUGAUUAUAUUGCUGAGGUUGAGGCAUUGGAAGCUGCACGGGGACAGUUAGACACUGAAAGGGAUGAAGUGAGGGAUAUAAUAAAGAGACUUGAUGCAGUAGAACUUUCUAAUAUAAUGUACAAGAACUCUUUAGAUGGUGCUCAAAUUUUAACCCGGGAAGCUUUGUUAAGGGAAAUGUUCUUUAAUACGAAAACCACUGCUGGGCGCUUGCAUGUGGCCAAACAAUUGCUAACACUUCCUGUUGGAAACUUGAAGUCUUUUGCUGGAAGUAAAGAGGGGCUAGCCAUUCUCAAUUCAUGGAUACUGGACUCUAUGGGAAAGGAUGGUACCCAACUCUUGAGGCACUGUUUGCGACUUCUUGUUCGUGUUUCAACUGAUCUUCUUGCUGUACGAUUAUCAGGAAUGGGAAAAACAGUGAAGGAAAAAGUUUGUGUACAUACUAGCCGUGAUAUUCGUGCUAUAGCAAGCCAGUUAGUCAAUGUAUGGCUUGAAGUUUUCCGCAAAGAAAAAGCUUCUAAUGGUGGAUUAAAGUUACCAAGACAAACAACUGCUAUAGAUUUAUCGAAGAGAAAAUAUGCAAAAGAUUCAGCCUCGGGAAAACCACCUCUAAGCACAUAUCAUAGUACCAUUGAGAAUAAAGGAGGCUUGCUGAAUCCUACCUCUGCUGGAAGCAAUUCACCUUCCAACGCUCAUGUGAAGAAAUUGCACAGCAAACAAGGAAGACAACCAGUGGCAUAUGACUCAAGGCAUGAAGUCAGUUCUUCCAGGUCUAAAGGUUCAAUAGAUAGAGUAGUUACAGAGAAGGAGGAUAACCACUGUGCUAUAUCAGAAGAAGAACAAGCUGCUAUAGCUGCUGCAGAGGCUGCCCGUGCUAAAGCCCUUGCUGCUGCUGAGGCAUAUGCCUCUGCUGAAGCCAGAUGCAAUUCACUCUUGCAGCUUCCGAAGAUACCCUCAUUCCACAAAUUUGCUAGACGUGAGCAGUCCUCACAAAAUGACGAGUGUGAUAGUAGAAAGAGAUGGUCAGGUGGUGUUUUUGGAAGGCAAGAUUGUAUUUCAGAGAUUGAUUCGAGGAAUUGCAGAGUUAGGGACUGGUCUGUUGAUUUCUCGGCUGCUUGUGUGAAUCUAGAUAAUUCCCGAAUGCCAGUUGAUAACCUUUCACAGAGGAGUCAUUCAAAUGAGAUUGCCAGCCAUUUGAAUUUCAGAGAGCACUCAGGAGAAAGUGUUGCUGGGGACAGCAGUAUGUAUACAAAAGCGUGGAUUGACACAGCUGGUGGUGUUGCAAUUAAAGACCAUCAUGCUAUAGAGAGAUGGCAAUCCCAAGCGGCUGCUGCUGAUUCUUUCUUUUCUAACCCAACUAUUCAUUUGAAGGAUGAGGAGGACUCAAAUGCCUGUUCAAAGCUACCCAGCUGGAAGCGUGAUGGUGUUGCAAAUGAGAGCUCUAUUUCACAGGUUACUGUAAAUAAGGAUGCCCUAAAGAGUCAUUCCCGAGCAGCAGAUCAUAUUAAACAGGCUGUUGUGGACUAUGUUGCAUCACUACUUAUGCCCCUUUACAAGGCAAGAAAACUAGACAAGGAUGGAUACAAGGCUAUAAUGAAGAAAAGUGCAACAAAGGUCGUGGAGCAAGCCACAGAUGCAGAGAAAGCCAUGACUGUACGUGAGUUUCUAGAUUUUAAACGAAAGAAUAAGAUUCGCUCCUUUGUGGAUAUAUUGAUUGAGAGGCACAUGACAAUGAAAUCAGAUAUGAAAUCUUAA